CACAAUUUGAUAUUGUACAAAAUUCAUUUGUAUUGAAAUUAUGUUUAAUGAUUGAAGUGAUAUUAUUCACACAUAAUACAUUUGUAAUGCUUCAAUGUGCAAUGCUACUAUCCGGUGUAAUAUUGGCAACAUAUCAUGCAUUUCACAAUCAAUUGGCUAAUAUGAAUCAAAAUUUUAUGAAAAUUUUAAAAUUCAAAAAAAAUCAAAGACAAAUUAAUACGUUGAAAGAACUGCGAUUCAUCCAUAUUGAACAUAAUACAUUGUCAUAUUAUGUAUUACAUGGUGAUAAAACUACAUGGAGCCAGCCGCUUUACUAUUAUGCAUUGGUUAGCAUACCGAUCAAUGUAUUAUUUAUGUGUGAAUUAAUCUUUGAAGAUAUGCCAGCGCAUACAGAAUUUGUAUUCAUAUUGAUUGCAUUGAUACAUGUCAUUACUGGUCUUAUUCCGUUCAUAACUUUAGCACAUGUUUCCAGUGCUUUUCAUAAAAUCAAAGAUUAUAUACCAGCUAUGCAGCUACGAUUGAAUCGUUCGACACAUCUUCGUAUGAAAUUGAAAUAUGAUGAUCUCUAUGAACGUUUGAUGUCUGGUAAAAAAAUUGCUUUUACAUUCGGAUAUCUCGGUAAUCUGACUUAUCGUGGGUUAUUCGAAGCAUUUCUUGGCUAUAUUGCAGCUUUCUUUCUCAUCAUGGGUUUCUAUACGCGAGAACAUUCAACAUGAAUAAUUAUGAUUUGAUCAAAUGGUGAUGAUGAUGAUUCCGUAUAAUUCUAUCACGUUUAACCUUUAAUUUUAAAUCAUUUGUUAUUUCCAUCAAACGUUAGUCUUUAUGAGUGUGUGUGUGUGUAACUGUAGAACAAACAUAAGAUAAAACAUAAAACACAGACCUUUAGAUGACACUUUAAAACAAAAGAAAAAAAAAUUCACCAAAAUUUUCCAUCAUUCGAUUGUAUCGUAUCAUGAUUAUCGAUCAAUCGAUUGAUAGAAAAAAAGAUGCAAAAAAAUUUUGAAAAUCAAUAUAAAAUGCGUUUGUUUCCCAAUGCAAAUCGUAAAAGUCGAUCACAUGUUUUGUUAUUUGUAUUUAUUAUUGAUUUCUUCAAUCAUAUUCUUCACAUUUUUUAUCAAAUUUCCUGAUUGUGAUCAUCAUCAUCAUCCA